UCUUUCUUUUUCUACCUCUCUCCCCUCCCUCCCGCCUGCCUGCCUUCCUUUUUUCCUUCUUCUUCUUCUUUUUUUUUUUUUUAAUAUGAGGAAGGUAGCUUUAGUGAAAACAGGCUUUGGAGUUGAACCUACUUGGGUUCAAAUUCGAGUUCUGUCCACCACCGAGCCCUGUGCUCUGGAGGGGACUCGCUUUCCCAUCCGCGAAACGGUGACGGCGCCGCCUCCACCCCGCGGCGUUCGGGGCGGGCUGAAUGGGACGCCGAGUACUGGCUCCAGCCACGCCCUUCCCUCCCCGCCCCCGGCGCCGAGCGACUGCCAAGGCAGUGUCCCCAGGGGACCGAAACCGGGGCGGGGUCUCGGUCCCUCCGCGGAAGGAGGGAGCCGGUCCGUACCAGGCAGGAGUCGCCGCCCCGCGCCGCCGCGCUCCCCGAGCCAUGGCGCCUUCCCUGUGGCGGGCUUGCAACGGGCUCAUGGCCGCCUUCUUCGCAAUGGCGGCCUUCGUGCAGGUAAAUGAUCCAGAUGCAGAGCUGUGGGUGGUGGUGUACACAAUCCCUGCAGUACUGACCCUGCUUGUUGGACUUAACCCUCAAGUCACAGGUAAUGUUAUUUGGAAAAGUAUCUCUGCAAUACACAUACUCUUUUGUAUGGUGUGGGCUGUUGGCUUGGCGUACUACCUCUUGCGUCAUACACAACAGAACAUCUUACAUGAGGAAGAAGGCAGGGAGCUGUGUGGUCUGGUGAUUAUUACAGCAUGGAUUAUCCUGUGCCGCAGUUCCUCAAAAUGGAGUCUUGCUCUGUCCCCCCGGCCUGGAGUGCAGUGGCGCGAUCUCAGCUCACUGCAGUCUCCACCUCCUGGGUUCAAGCGAUUCUCCUGCCUCAGCCUCCCAAGUAGCUGGGACUACAGGCACCUGCCACCAUGCCCAGCUGUGAUUAAGCCAUCCUGAGAUGAGGUUUACCUGGAUGGGCCCUAAAUGUUACCAUAAGUGUCCUUGCAAGAC